UCCGAAAUUUUCCGAGACGCGUCACUGUCCGUUCUCUCUUUCCUUCGCGAAAAUCCGGCGCUUCCGAAUCGGACGAUGACACAAGAGCGCCGGGCUUUCGAUAACACUAAUCAUUUUCGCGCGCUUUCGAAAUAUAAAAAUAAAAAUAAAAGGAAAGAAAAAAAAGGAAUUUACGGUGGCUUUAUUGCGACAUCAAACGUAAGACGAAACAUGCAAGGUCCUGAGAAACGAGACGCAUCGUAAAGAUUUUUCUCCUCUCUCUUUCACGGACGCUUUCCGAGAAUAUCGCAGCGAAAUUUUCGGGCAACCGCGAAGGACUCUUGCAAAUAUUUAAUGGCGCGUAAUUUCGUUGCGAUGAUCAUCACGGCGCGAUGUUUAUAUCGUAAUUUUAUAUUGUGAAAGGCAGAGGAACCUCGCGUAAAGUUGGACACUUAAUAUGCUUCUCUUUAGAAUCCACCAAGGGGAGAUAAUAUUUUAGGAGCUCGCACAUUUUCGUCCGACUUAUUCCUCGAAUUGACAGCUCUCGGUAAACAAGAAAUCGACGAAUUUACUCGUGUCAUCGAGGACGAUGACGUCGAACGUUGAAAAUUCGUGCACUCGAAUAGUCGUGACUAGAAACUUUGAGACGAAAGUGCGAUAAGAAUAAGUGAAGAAUGCGCGGGAAGACUAUUUUCACAAAUUACGAUGGAUUAUUCCAAGAGUUUCGAUCAUGGACGAUCAAGGGAUUGUCCGUGCAACAAACUUAUUUCGCACAAGACGAAGAUACGAUGGUAUAAACGCGAAGAAAGAAGAAAAAUGUACGAAAUGUGGGAUGAUGGUAUCACAUUUCUUGUGACAGUGUGAAGCUGACUUUUUUCAGAAAGUUAAUUGCCAAAGAUGAGAUAUGAGUAGCACAUAAGUUAUUUAAUAGUGAUAUACGAUCGACCAAAGAAUUUACGAAGUAUAGUCAAUAAUGCACCAAAGACCAAUAAUAAUCAUACCAAAGCAAUGCAUAUAAAACAUAAAUCGUAGCCUACAUCUUUUCGUCGAUCGAGAAAAUAUUUGUCUCGCAAAGCAAAGAUGGUCGCAAGGACGAUCCGAGAAAACGGAGAGAGUGAUAUAGCGAAAUAGAAUUCUUUUUCUAGAGAAACGAUAUACAGAAGUCGGGAAAUGUGGACAGGUGAAUGCGCGUGUUUGGCGAUCUUUAGCGAACGUUCGUGCGCGUUUUCGCGAUCUUGCUUCGGAAUUUCGGGUUCUCGCGUCGCGCUCAGGAGUGAAAAGAGUGGAAGACGGGCAACCUCGACCCGAUUGAGGGACUUCCGAAGCGGAAACGGCGGAAGGUACCGGAAAGCGAGAGCACGACGUAGAGGAACUCGCAGUCCUGGAGACGUUAUCCUGGGAGAUCGCCGUCGUUGCUCGGCAUAGCCUGAUCUCUUCGUCCUUGGUAUCGUUCGGUACCAAGAUGCUCGACAUAUUUCGCGGUCUCAAGAGCCUCAUCAAAAUCUCGCACAUUCAUAUAGACAGCGCCGUCUUUCGCCUGCAUUACAGCCUCACUGUGAUCCUGCUGAUAGCCUUCUCCCUUAUCGUCACCACCCGCCAGUACGUCGGCAAUCCCAUCGAUUGCAUACACAGCAAGGACCUGCCGGAGGACGUCCUGAACACUUAUUGCUGGAUACACAGCACGUACACGAUAACCGCGGCUUAUCGGAAGAAGGAGGGCUCGGAGGUCCCUUUUCCCGGCGUCGACAAUUCCAAAUCGUAUUCCGAGACCGAGAGGAAGGAGUACAGAUACUACCAGUGGGUCUGUUUCAUGCUGUUCCUCCAGGCGAUCCUCUUUUAUACUCCGCGAUGGCUCUGGAAGGGAUGGGAGGGUGGUAAGAUUCAUGCCCUUAUGAUGGAUCUCGACAUCGGGCUAUGCUCCGAGGUGGAGAAAAAGCAAAAGAAGAAGAUGCUGCUCGACUACCUUUGGGAGAACCUACGCUUUCACAAUUGGUGGGCUUACAGGUACUACCUAUGCGAGGUCCUCGCACUGCUGAACGUGAUCGGUCAGAUGUUUCUGAUGAAUCGCUUCUUCGACGGCGCCUUCUUGACCUUCGGUAUCGACGUACUCAAAUUUCUUGAAUCCGAUCAAGAGGACCGCGUGGACCCGAUGAUUUACGUCUUUCCACGAAUGACCAAAUGCACUUUCUACAAGUACGGCGUCAGCGGAGAGGUCGAGAGGCACGACGCCGUCUGUAUACUGCCUUUAAACGUUGUCAACGAGAAAAUCUAUGUCUUUCUCUGGUUCUGGUUCCUUUUCCUCGGCGUGCUCAGUUUCUUUACGGUUUUGUAUAGGAUCCUAAUAAUAUUUUCGCCGCGCACGAGGGUCUACCUGUUGCGAAUGCGAUUUCGUUUGGUACGGAGGGACGCCGUGGAGACUAUAGUGCGUCGCAGCAAGGUGGGCGAUUGGUUUCUCCUCUACAUGCUAGGCGAGAAUUUGGACACCGUGAUAUACCGGGAUGUAAUGCACGAAUUGGCGAACAAGCUCGCCUCGAGGCAUCACCACGGCGUGCCGGGAGUGAAGGGCGAGCUUCAAGAAGCCUGAUCGAGGUUGCCUCGGAGGGUCGGCACGUUCGGUUCGUCGUCGUUGUCGUCAAGGUCCUCCUUUCCACGACCUUCAGCAUCGCAUGUCGGUCCUCGACGCAUCCGACGACGGAGACGCAAGACUCGGAGUCUGAAAGGACGAGGGAUCGACGGACCUUCCUCGAGGAUCCGCGGCGGAGGAAGAUCCGGUCUCGCGAAAAUGUCUCUCCGUCGAUUGUUGCUCAUCGAACUCGAAGCGAUGCGACAGCGAUAGCGCCGGACAUAUCGCGGAUGCGCGCGUCUCUUCUCUUCCUCCUACCCUAUCCUUCUUCAUCAUCUUCUAUGCGGAUGACGAUUUGCGAUGAGAGAGCAGAAUUUACGAUACAACGCGCCAAGUCACCCUCGGGAGGUUAAAUAUUCGAAGAUGCGAUAAUAGUUUCGGCGAGCUCAGAUUUCUACGCGAAAAUGAUCUCUAUACGUGUUUCAGAGGAGAGACAGCAGGAAUAUGAGAUAUAUACCAGGCAAUUGUGUGCAUCUGUUGUGUGUGUGUGUGGGUGUGUAUUUCUCGUCGACUCCUUGAAAUUAAGCGUUCUUUAGUUUCAUGCAUUUGUCAUAUAUAUAUAUAUAUAUAUAUAUAUAUAUAUACUUAUACAUGCAUUAAAGAUUUAAGGUAAUAAUAACGCGCAUUCCAAUACGGUGUGAACACGAGAAGCCAUACGUCAUUCGAAAUUUUUUUAUACAUUUCUGAAGAGCGAAAAAGUCGCGUGUCUUAAGUAGCGUUUUUCUCCUAUAUAAUAUUCAUAUAUAUAUAUAUCCCAUCAGAUCUCGUACUCCCGCUCUUUCCUCCUUCCAUGAACGCGAACAAUGAAAACGCGACGACCACGUCUUGCACGGGGAACUGAACUCGUCGAAAUUAUACCGGUUUCAAUCCCCUGGUCGCCUCUCUCGGGCGGAUUCAGCCGCGAACGAAGGAGAUCUGUGCGAACGAAAAGACAGAGAGACGCGGCAAAGGACCAAAAAUGAUUUUGCCAGCACGAGACGGGAGAUGUGCGUUAUCCCUGGAGAGAUAGCGAUAUACACACUCGUUAAAAGACACUUAAAAAAAUAUAUGACGACGUGGACACGUCGCGCUAGAGUCGAGCCGGAGAUAUCUUUAUAUGCCUUCUCUAUUCUAAAAGACACAGAUAAUCGCGAAAGAGCGUGUCUGGAUACCGACAGUAUCAUCGGACGGGAUUAUUUUGCCUUUGCGUGGGUGAACAUUUUGUAAUCUCUAUUAAAGGAGGAUCUUAGAAACCGUCUAGGAAAAAGUCGUAGAUUAAUAAAGGAAGUUACUCGUGGAAAGCAAAAUUAAAUUCUCUUUAUAAAUUCUUCAAUAUACACCAGCUAAUCUUAUUUCUUUUUCUCUUUAUUAUAAUGCGAAGGCAUCUCGGAAAGUAGAGUAAAAAAAGUAAUCCCCGUGUGACGAUAUGCUUCGGGUCUUUGCGAGCUGGCUUCUGCUAAAUCGCAGAAUGUUUCGAAUGCUAAAUGUUUGGAUGCUGCGUAUAAUAUUGCCUCGAAAAAGAGUAUUUUGAUGAGUCACUUUGAUUGUGUUAACUGUGUUUCGUAAGUCUAAGUACUGGAUAAGAAAGUGCUGGGAGAGAAGGGCGGAAAUAAAGAUUAAUAUACAGAUUAUUAUUGUAUAGUCGCGACGGCUUCUUUUGAUGGAAAGUUUGGUUUCGUCUUCGAUGGAUUCUUGUAUUCGAUCCAUGCGCGAUUAAAUGCAAGAAUUAGAUUGUAAUCUAGUCAUCAUAUUCUACGCCUGUGUAACUAUCGAUUCGCGAAUUUAUUUGUUGAUACGGACACACUGCCACCGAUCGAUACGAUCGAUUUUGCUGUAUCUGUCUUCGUUCUAUUUAAAUGAAGAUAGCGUAAAAA